GGGUGGAUCGGCUAGCGGCAAACCAGGGAAUCAGAGUGGGAGCAAGACAGCUAGUGAGGGAGAGCGGGAGGGUAACGGGAAGACUGACAGACCUGGGGACUAGGAAAAGACUGUGCUGAGCCGGGCUGUGCAGCCUCCCUAGAUGCCGGCCAUCUGGAUCACGGAAGGGGACUUGAAAGCUGAGUAUGAAAAGGAUUGCUAGCAUCCAGGUAUCCCUACCCCUGCAGUCGCAGCACGGCCCCCAGUAUGCGCGCCGGACACACGUCUCUUCUAAGUUCCCCCCGAGCCGAAUAAAAGCCACCCGCGUACAGCUCUCGGCCCGUGAGGGACAUUGAGAUCAGGACUCCACAGAAUGGAGCAAGAAUGAGAGGAAUAAGGCAGACAGAAAAGCAUGAACUGGAGGUUUGUUGAGUUCAUCUACUUCCUGUUUAUAUGGGACCAUAUAACAGUGCAGUCCUCCCAUCAGGAAACAGCUGUUACCGACCAACAUGUCUCCAAGGAAUUUGAUUGGCUUAUUUCAGACAGGGGACCUUUCCAUCACUCCCGAAGCUACCUAUCCUUUGUGGAAAGACACCGUCAAGGAUUUACAACCCGAUAUAAAAUAUACAGGGAGUUUGCCCGUUGGAAGGUGAGGAAUACAGCCAUUGAGCGGCGAGAUCUGCUCCGUAAUCCAGUGCCCCUUAUGCCUGAGUUUCAGAGAAGCAUCCGACUCCUGGGCAGGAGACCCACAACUCAGCAAUUCAUUGAUACCAUCAUCAAAAAGUACGGCACCCACAUCCUCAUCUCUGCCACUUUGGGAGGAGAGGAGGCCUUGACCAUGUACAUGGACAAAAGCCGACUCGACAGGAAGUCAGGGAAUGCUACCCAAAGUGUAGAGGCUCUGCACCAACUUGCAUCCUCUUACUUUGUCGACCGUGAUGGCACAAUGAGGAGACUCCAUGAGAUCCAGAUCUCCACCGGAGCAAUCAAGGUAACAGAAACCCGCACUGGUCCCCUGGGCUGCAACAGCUAUGAUAAUCUGGACUCUGUGAGUUCUGUCCUUCUACAAAGCACGGAGAGCAAACUCCACCUCCAAGGUCUUCAGAUAAUCUUCCCUCAGUAUCUACAAGAGAAAUUUGUCCAGUCAGCCUUGAGUUACAUAAUGUGCAAUGGGGAGGGCGAGUAUGUGUGUAAGAACAGCCAGUGCCGAUGUCAGUGUGCGGAGGAAUUCCCACAGUGCAACUGCCCAAUCACUGACAUCCAGAUCAUGGAGUACACCUUGGCCAACAUGGCCAAAUCUUGGACAGAAGCCUAUAAGGACCUGGAGAAUUCAGAUGAAUUUAAGUCAUUCAUGAAGAGGCUGCCUAAUAACCAUUUUCUGACCAUUGGGAGCAUCCACCAGCAUUGGGGGAAUGACUGGGAUCUACAGAACCGCUACAAGUUGCUCCAGAGCUCCACUGAAGCUCAGAGACAGAAGAUCCAGCGCACUGCCCGAAAACUCUUUGGCCUCAGCGUCCGCUGCCGCCACAACCCAAACCACCAGCUGCCAAGAGAAAGGACUAUACAACAGUGGCUUACUAGGGUCCAGUCCCUCCUCUACUGCAAUGAGAAUGGGUUCUGGGGAACCUUCUUGGAAAGUCAGCGAAGCUGUGUAUGCCACGGAAGUACCAGCCUAUGCCAGAGGCCUAUCCCCUGCAUCAUUGGGGGCAACAAUAGUUGCGCCAUGUGCAGCCUGGCCAACAUCUCCCUCUGUGGCUCCUGCAACAAAGGCUACAAGCUCUACCGAGGCCGCUGCGAGCCGCAGAAUGUGGAUUCGGAGCGCAGCGAGCAGUUCAUCAGCUUUGAGACAGACCUGGAUUUCCAGGAUCUGGAGCUGAAGUACCUACUGCAGAAGAUGGACUCCCGCCUUUACGUCCACACCACCUUCAUCAGCAACGAGAUCCGCCUCGAUACCUUCUUUGAUCCCCGGUGGCGCAAACGAAUGUCCCUUACCCUCAAGAGCAACAGAAACCGCAUGGACUUCAUCCAUAUGGUGAUUGGUAUCUCCAUGCGUAUCUGUCAGAUGCGCAAUAGUAGUCUGGACCCCAUGUUCUUUGUCUAUGUCAACCCCUUUAGUGGGAGCCACUCUGAAGGCUGGAAUAUGCCCUUUGGGGAAUUUGGCUACCCACGCUGGGAGAAAAUUCGCCUCCAAAAUGGCCAGUGCUACAACUGGACUCUGUUGCUGGGCAACCGGUGGAAAACAUUUUUUGAGACUGUUCACAUCUACCUACGCAGCCGGACUCGGCUGCCUUCCCUACUGCGCAAUGAGACUGGACAGGGGCCGGUGGACCUGUCCGAUCCCUCCAAAAGGCAGUUCUACAUCAAAAUCUCUGACGUGCAGGUGUUUGGCUACAGCCUACGGUUCAAUGCCGAUCUCCUCCGGAGCGCCGUGCAACAGGUCAACCAGUCGUACACACAAGGCGGGCAGUUCUACUCCUCCUCCUCUGUGAUGCUGCUGUUGCUAGAUAUCCGGGACCGAAUCAAUAGACUGGCUCCCCCCGUAGCCCCGGGGAAACCCCAGUUGGAUUUGUUCUCCUGUAUGCUAAAGCACCGCCUGAAGCUGACCAACAGUGAGAUCAUCCGUGUGAACCAUGCACUGGAUCUCUACAAUACGGAGAUCCUUAAACAAUCGGACCAAAUGACAGCCAAACUCUGUUAACCCCAGGGACUGAUCCUUUUGCUGUACAAAACAAAAGAAAAAAAAAAAAACACAAAGCCUAAACAAACAAAAAAUCACCACCCACAAAACAAAACAAAAACAAAAAAAAGAUAAAAAAAAAUUUGUAAAAUGUAAUUAAUAUUCAAAGAAAGGAGAAAAUUCUUCAUUUGUUGGAAAACUAAACCGUUCUAGCAACUGUAUAAAACUGUCGGGCAUGUUUGUUAUUUCUAUAAUCCGUCAUAAAAGAAGGGUCGCACCUUUCUCUCAAGCUGUGAAGGUGUUGCUUGGUAGGCUUCAGGGGCUGCAUUAAGGGGGUAGAGGAGGGAACAUGUACACAAUGAAUUGUAAAGAUCUCUGCUGUGCAGGUGCUAAGAUUACAAGAAAAGAGCUAUAUGUAAUGUUUUAAAAAAAAAAAAAAAACACUGCCAUUUUUCCUUGUGGGAGGAAAUAGGCAAAGAUAAAGAAGAGAUUUCUUCAGAUGAGAUGUCUAUCCUCUUCAUGCUCAUUUCCUUGUGGGAACCUGGCACUUCACUCUGAAGGUGGGAGAGGGCAAAGGGGAGAAAUCCAGACCAGCAGAAAGGAAGGCUCUGUAGGGAAGAGGGUUGGCUGGUGAGCUCCAUGUUUCUCCCUCACAUGCUGGGUAAAAGAAAUCCUUUCUCUUUUGGGCUCGUACUUUGGGGGCACUAAUUAGUAGAGUGUCAGAGAGUUAGAGAAUUGUAUGGUCGAUUUGGUACUUUGAAAAAAUAAACAUGCCAAGAAAACUUUACUUGCGAAACUUCCCAGGAGCCUCCAAGGAAAAUUUUAAAAUAAAAAUAAAAGAUAAGAAAAGAAAUAGAAUUGACCAUAUUGUAAACAAACCCUGGCAAAUACAAACUCAGUGAUCCAAGUGAAAAGAAUUAAGGAUAUCAAGGGGAAAACAGGAAAAGAUAGACACUGAUGUGAAAGUGCAUGGUGUCAUCGAAAGAACACUGGAUUUGGAGUCAAGAUCUGGGUUCUAAACAUGAUGGUUCUACUAUUUUCUAACUGUAUGACCUUGAAUGACUCUCUCUGAGUCUUAGUUUCUUCAUUAAUAAAGUGAAAAUAUUGACUUAGAUGAUCUCCAAGUUCCUUUCUAGCUCCAAAUCCUCUGAGUCUCUCAUUGUACUGCCAAAUUUAAGCUCCUUAGGUAGAAUUUUUAAAAUUUGAUUUUUAAUCAUUACCUAGGAUGUAUGUAGCACUAUUAUCAGAUGUACACAUGAAUAUAUGCAUAUGUGUAUAUAAGCUAUAUCUAUCUAUUCAUAAAGCUAGAGUUGGAAGAGAUCUUAGAGAUCAUCUAGUUCAAUCCUCUAGUUUUACAGAUGAGGAAAUGGAAUUGGUAAAUGAUUUGCCCUUUUUAUAUUGAUAAUAAAUGAAAGAACUAGAAUUUCAA